GGUGAGAACGAGGCUUCCCCCGCUAGGAGGAGGAAUGGCGGCGGGCGCUGGCGGGAUUUGGAGCGCGUGAGUGGCUGUGAUCGAUCGCGCGCCUCCGCCAGUGCAUGCGGAUCGCCGCGCAUCGGCCAUGUCCGAUCUGGACCGCCAGAUUGAGCAGCUGAAGCGAUGCGAGCCGCUCAAGGAGUCGGAGGUGAAGGCGCUGUGCCUCAAGGCCAUGGAAAUCCUGGUGGAGGAGAGCAAUGUCCAGAGAGUAGACGCUCCAGUGACGAUUUGUGGAGAUAUUCACGGCCAGUUCUACGACAUGAAGGAGCUGUUUAGAGUAGGAGGCGACUGCCCACAGACGAAUUAUUUGUUCCUAGGCGAUUUUGUUGAUCGAGGAUUUUACUCGGUGGAAACGUUUCUCUUGUUGUUAGCUUUAAAGGUUCGUUAUCCCGACAGGAUCACUCUUAUAAGGGGAAACCAUGAAAGCCGGCAGAUCACGCAGGUUUAUGGUUUCUAUGACGAAUGCCUUCGAAAGUAUGGAUCCGUAAAUGUAUGGCGGUAUUGCACAGACAUAUUUGACUACUUAAGUCUAUCUGCGCUGAUCGAGAACCGCAUUUUUGGUGUGCACGGUGGCCUCUCUCCCGCAAUCAACACGAUUGACCAGAUCAGGACAAUCGACCGAAAGCAGGAAGUCCCGCACGACGGUGCAAUGUGCGACCUCCUCUGGUCCGAUCCCGAAGACAUAAUUGGGUGGGGAAUCAGUCCGAGAGGCGCUGGUUUUUUAUUCGGAGGGAACGUUGCGUCGGCGUUUAAUCACGCCAACAAGACGGAGAUCAUCUGUCGGGCACACCAGCUGGUCAUGGAAGGCUUCAAGUGGAUGUUUAACAAGCAGGUCGUGACGGUGUGGUCGGCUCCAAAUUACUGCUACAGAUGCGGGAAUGUGGCAGCGAUCAUGGAGCUGGACGAGAACUUGAACUCGAAGUUUCAAGUAUUCGAGGCCGCUCCUCAGGAAGCCAGAGGAGUGCCAUCGAAGAAGCCAGCGCCAGAUUAUUUCCUGUAACAAAACGAGACCAACCAUAGCCGGAUCAUCAUCAUCAAGAGCUACUAUUCUUUUGUUCUUCUUGUCGUCGGGAAAACAGGUAUCCGAUGUGUAGCGUAGCGGAACGGGCUUGUGUACUAUUAUGACUUUUAACAGUUUGAGAUGAGCUGUGCAUUCUGUCCAGACGAAAGCUCCAAA